GACCCCAUGUCACAAACAACAUUUCUUUCCAUUUCAUGAUAAUAACAGCCUUUGCAGGAUUUGUAGCCGUCGUUGUCGUUGCUGGAAUAAUCAUGAGGAAAUGUAAUCUCAGGUAAGACAUUCUUAUUAGCUUGUUAAAAGAACAGUUUAUGGGUAUUUGACAUAUUUGAUCAUUUAAUUAAUCAAUUACUUUGUUAUGGGGGUACUGUAAUAAUAUACUGUAAGUGCAAUCUCAAAUAACAAUCUGAUCUACAAUUCAUAUAGAGAACUAUGGGCCUCAGAAAUAUGCGGUAGGCUAUAGAUCCAAGAUUUGUUUGUGCUCUCUUGCCAACUAAAUGUCAAUGGAAUGACUAUGAGUGACAAAGAGCUGGCAAGAUCUGAGAUCAUAUGAAAUACCCAAACGUAUGACAUAGGCUACUUGACCUACGUUUAAGUCUGACUCGAUAAGGUUAUUUUAGGUCACUAAUAACUCCACUGUUGAAGCUUCUCACUUCCUGCCUUGUCAAAAAUGAGUGUCGGAAAAACAAAACAUACACUGGCAGGCACAAACACACACGUAGAGACAUGUUGCUCCCGAAAGCAUCUGCUGUGUAAAACCAUGUGAUGCUACGAUCAUUCACUAGUCUUCUCUUCUUUUACACAGCAGGAGAACACAGCAGAAAGCAGGGAACACCUUUAAAGAGGUGAUGCAACAACACUGUCUUUUCUGUCAGGGCUGUAAUUGCUUGAUGUUACCUGGAGUCGUAAGACUGUCAGGGCUGUUAUUGCUUGCUGUUACCUGUAGUCGUAAGACUGUCAGGGCUGUAAUUGCUUGAUGUUACCUGGAGAUGUAAGACUGUCAGGGAUGUUAUUGCUUGCUGUUCCCUUUAGUCGUAAGACUGUCAGGGCUGUAAUUGCUUGAUGUUACCUGGAGUCGUAAGACUGUCAGGGAUGUUAUUGCUUGAUGUUACCUGGAGUCGUAAGACUGUCAGGGCUGUUAUUGCUUGCUGUUACCUGGAGUCGUAAGGCAUCUGCAACCUAUGCUCUUUCACAUUUUCAAUUGAAUUUGCCAACAUUUUAAAAUAUUUCCAAAGCCCAUAUGACAUUUUUCAGUGUAAUAUGGUGACAUAUAGUUAAUGUCUUUGUAGGAGGAGCAACAGGACAUUGAGCCCUACAGCACGUUAACAAGGAGAGACAAUGGGCUGUACUCAACACUCCAGCUGCCACAUUCUAACCCC